GGGGUAAUGCUAAUUCUUUUUUUAUGCAUAUAAUGAUUAGACGGUUGAGCAUAGCAAACGGGGAGAUUGAUAAACCCCGCGAUCGGACACAACCCUAACCCUAUCAGAGCCACUAAGAUCAUAGACGGGCUACUUUCUACUGUAACCAAGGCCACUAGCUCCGGAAUCCAAUACAAGCUCCGACCGAUGUUAACCUUAUUGGUUCCCUUUAUAACAAUGACCUCAUGCCACCAACCCCACGAGUAACAAGCCCUACCCCUUCACCUUCAGUCAUUACUGCCCAACAUGUCUGCCGCUACCAAACUCCGACAAAUGCUCCAGGACCCGGAGACCUUCCUGCUCUGUCCCGGUGUCUACGACGGCUUCUCUGCCCGCAUGGCUCUCAGCGUCGGCUUCGACUGUCUGUACAUGACCGGAGCAGGGAGCAGUGCAUCCGUCAUCGGACACGCGGAUCUCGGUCUAAUGACACAAACCCAAAUGCGCACCAACGCCGAGACAAUCGCCGGGCUCUGCGCACUGCCCGAGUACGGAAGCUCGCCGAUCCCGCUCAUUGCCGACGCCGACACGGGCUACGGCGGCCCCGUCAUGGUCGCCCGGACCGUUAAGCAGUAUGCACAGUCUGGCGUGGCCGCGCUGCACCUCGAGGACCAGAUCCAGACGAAGCGCUGUGGCCACCUUGCUGGCAAGGAAGUGGUUGACCGCGAUGUCUUUGUAAACCGUAUCCGCGCGGCUGUUAAUGCGAGAAAGGAAGUUGGUAGCGAUAUUGUGAUUAUUGCGCGAACCGACGCCCUGCAGACGCAUAACUAUGAAGAGGCCAUUGCUCGGUUGAAGGAGGCGGGUGAGGCUGGUGCUGAUGUUGCUUUCUUCGAGGGAUUGACGUCCAAGGAACAGGCUGCCCAGAUUAUCAAGGAUCUUGCCCCGAUGCCUGUCUUGCUCAAUAUGGUGGAGUCGGGUGCUACGCCGUCGUUUACGGCAGCCGAGGCGAAGGAGGUAGGCUUUAAGAUUAUGAUUGUGCCGUUUGUGACAAUCUCGUCGGCGUCUUUUGCUAUGCGUGAAGAGCUUGAGCGAUUGAAGAGUGAAGGCACAAUGUCGGCCAAGGCGAAGAGUUUGACGCCGCAGGGCUUGUUUGGCAUCUGUGGUGUUGAUGCUAGCAUGGAGGUUGAUAGAAAGGCUGGCGGAAAGAGCUUUGCAACUGGCAUUUAAACCGAUGAAAUAUUUACAGACUGUUAAAAUAGACUUUUGCUUUGUCAUGGUUUUAAUACUGUAUAUGCCCACAAUAUUUCGAUUGGUCCUAAGACUUGCAAAUCCUCUAUGAUGACGCUGUCAUAUCUGUGUUUUGCUCCGGUACUUGCGUAACUUCAGUUACUUUCGUAGCUGUCCCAUACGAUGCCAACUUUGAUACCACCUCUGGUCUUUCAAACACAGCAUCCUGGGCCAGCACAGGCACGUCGAGAGUACCCCGCUCCCACAUUGCCUCACUUGGCUUUGUGCCCGCGAGUACCAUCCGCAGCAAGUGCAGUUUUGAAUCGGCCUGUCGGGCUUUCUUGGACGUUGACUGCCAUCCUGAGCGAAACUUGACCAAGUCUACUAGUGGUUCAAUAGCCAGCUGGAGGAAGAUUAACAAUAUGCUGACACAAAUAAUGAUGAGAACGCCGACCAGAUCAAAGUUCUGCACUUCCCCCGCCGUCUGCACAAGCUGGGUUUUGCAACCCUCACGAUACUCUUUGGCAUUGUUAAUGACGGGAAGCAGAGCAGCAUUUGUCGAGGGAAUUGCAUAUGGCGUUACGCCAUUGUCGUUUGAGGCAAACCCGACAAUGGCUGCUUGCACCAUGGCCAGUGCCGUCUGAAACCAGCCAAGAACUUCGAUUUGCCACUGGUUCGGUGGUAGGCCUGUGGAUAGGAUAUUGUUGAAGAGCUUACUGUUGGCCCAGAGCGAUGCGACACCAAGGUUAGCGACAACGCUGUAGGUGCUGGUAGUGCUCGCAGCAACGAACAGGCGUGUUGCCGAGAGGAGUUGCGCAGGGUUCAGAUCUAAUCUGUUUCCGACUAAGAUCCAGCUCCCAAGAUCACGUUUGCCCCCGAGCGGCGAGCAAACCGAUGUGGUCGGGUUGCAGAGCUGGUACUGUUCGGCGCAAACUAGCGUGUUUACGAGAUAGUCAUACUGCCAGGCGUUUCUGUCACCGUACGGGACCGUAUUGUUGCCGCUGGCUGAAAACCACGUAUCGUAGACGGGCUUCAGAUAGGCGACGGCAUUGGAGCUGAGAAAAUAGACGCUCAUGUCUGCAUCGUUGCGGGUGAACUGGGGAAUCGGUUCCCAGGAGGAGCCGGAGCCGCGGGUAUACGCAUAUCGAGA